AGUAUAUAUAUGUAGGGCAGAGGCAUACAUAACUCGAUCAUGUUCACGGUCACUUCAGAGAUUUACAGCGAGACGAACUACCAGCCGACCAAGAGCGCGAGCGAUGGCAGUAAGGUGAUAUCCAAGUUCCGUUUCCGUUAUCCGGAGGAGAAGCUGGAGAGGAUUACCGCGGACAGGGAUGGAGACCUUGAAGUGCCAAGGCCACGACGUGGCGUAAUCGAAUUGGAACAUUCCGAGGCCACAGAACUUCGUCUGGUGGGUCUUCAGGUGUGGCGGGGUGCCCUGCUCCUGGCGGAUUACCUUUUCUUCAAGAGAACCGAGUUCUCCGGGAAGAAUGUCAUGGAACUGGGCGCCGGAGUUGGUCUAACCAGCAUAGCAGCUGGCAUACACAAUCCUGGAAAAAUCUUCUGCACAGACGUGGAUCUAGGCUGCAUCCUGAAGUUGAUCCGCGGGAAUGUCCAAAGGAACUCCAAGCUCUUCAGUGCCGACAUAUCAGUACUGGAGUUUGACUUUCUCACUCCGAAAGACCAGCAAUCCCAGGAGCUUUUAACUGCCAUCGAUUCUAGCGAUAUAAUCCUGGCCGCCGAUGUCAUAUACGAUGAUACCCUUACCGAUGCUUUUAUUUCUGUCGUGGACUUCCUCCUGGAGAGGGGAAAGUCCAACGGACGACCCAAGACCAUGUAUGUGGCGUUGGAGAAACGAUAUGUGUUCACCCUGGAGGACUGUGAAUCGGUGGCUCCCAUGUACGAGUACCUACUCCGGCAAGUAGCCAACAAGCCCUGGAAGAUAGAGCAUCUUCCACUGGACUUUCCGCAGUAUUUCGAGUAUGAUCGGUGUCCCCAGUUGGUCCUGAUGGAGAUUAAAGGACGUUAAUGGAUUUAAGUUGUCUGUUGUUGUAUUAACCUAAUGACCUUUUAGUUAAUGUAAUUAGUUAAAUUAUUAGAAUUGCAAAAAAAGACAAAAUAUAAAAGGAAUUGUUCCUUAAAUCUGCAUCAA